AGGUGAUCAUCGAGAAACCGAGCUGAGCUGGUUACGUCAAAGUAGUGCUCUUUCCGUCUGCGCGACAGCUCCUCUUUUAUAACUGCGGCCCUCGAUCCUUCCCUCCCUUGAACCCUCAUCACGACCUUCACCAUGUUUCUCACGGCCUUCCUUACGCCGUACACUCUCAUCCUCCUCCCAGUCCUCUACUACAUAUUGCCAUACAUCCGUAACUGGCAAAUCAAGGAUAUUCCCGCGCCCUUCCCUGCGGCUUUCACAAACCUCUGGCUUCUCCUUCAAGUCCGUCAAGGAAAGCGCUACCUGGCCGUAGACAAUGCGCAUAAGAAACUUGGGCAGAUGGUCAGGAUACAGCCGCACCAUGUCAGUAUUGCGGACGCCAACGCAAUUCCAAUCAUCUACGGCCACGGCAACGGAAUGCUGAAAAGUGAAUACUACGACGCCUUCGUUUCCAUCCGUCGUGGCCUCUUCAAUACCCGCGACCGCGCCGAACACACACGCAAGCGCAAGACCGUCUCGCACACCUUCUCAGCCAAGUCGGUCCUUCAAUUCGAACAGUACAUGCACCACAACCUCGAGGAACUGCAGAAGCAAUGGGAUCAGCGAGCUGCCUCCAAGCAGGGCGAUUGGUACCAAAUGGAUGCCCUGAACUGGUUCAACUACCUGGCUUUCGAUGUCAUCGGCGAUCUGGCUUUUGGUGCGCCAUUCGGUAUGCUUGAGAAAGGCAGGGAUUUUGCAGAGGUCAGGAAGACACCGGAUGCUGAACCUACAUUUGCACCUGCUAUUGAGGUGUUGAACCGUAGGGGUGAGGUUUCUGGAACGAUCGGUAUUCUUCCUCAAAUCAAACCUUACGCAAAGUACUUCCCCGACCCCUUCUUCAGCCAGGGUAUGAAAGCCAUCGAGAACCUCGCCGGUAUCGCUGUAGCCCGUGUGAACGAACGCCUUGCCAGACCAGACACAGACCGCGUCGAUCUGCUCGCACGUCUCAUGGAAGGCCGUGACGAGACCGGCAACAAGCUUGGUCGAGAGGAACUCACUGCCGAAGCUCUCACCCAACUCAUUGCUGGCUCAGACACAACCUCGAACACAUCUUGCGCCCUGCUCUUUCACUGCCUCCAGCACCCUGAAGUUAUCCGCAAACUGCAGCAGGAGCUCGACGAUGCGCUGCCGAGCGACGACGUUCCGACAUUUGCCGCGGUCAAGGAUCUGCCAUACCUCGACAAUGUUAUCAAGGAGACUAUGCGUAUCCACAGUACAUCGUCACUUGGUUUGCCCCGCUUGAUUCCUCCAGGCCCCGGUCUUACAAUCAACGGUCGCCACUUCCCUCAGGGCACUGUGCUCUCUGUCCCUGCGUACACAAUCCAUCACUCGAAGGAGAUCUGGGGUCCGGAUGCGGACACCUUCAGGCCGGAGCGAUGGGAGAAGGUCACCGAGAAGCAGAAGGCUGCUUUUAUCCCUUUCAGCUACGGACCUAGGGCGUGUGUUGGCAGGAACGUUGCGGAGAUGGAGUUGGCCCUCAUUGUCAGCACUGUGUUCAAGCGAUACGAGUUCGAGCUGAGGCAGGGUGAGAUGGAGACAAGAGAGGGGUUCUUGAGGAAACCGCUGGGCCUCGAAGUCGGUAUGCGCAGGAGGCAGAAGUAAAGAUGUGGUUCAAAGGUUGAAUGCGGCUGCAGCCUCGUAGGUCUCGUGGUACUCUUCUUGUAUAUGUUGUUCCUGACUAGCAUGAUCUGACGAAUACAUGUCCAUUUU